CUCACUAAAGAGUAUAUCGCUAAUAAAAACAGGUGAUGAUAUCAAGAGAUGUCGAAUUACGUUUAUUUGGAAGAAAUUUAUAUUAUUUUAUUUCAAUAAUUCAAAAAGACAUUAAAAGUAUAUAAGCAUAAUAAGUAUAAAUUAGGAAACAUGGGAAACGAAAUGUCACAAUCAGCAAUGGAAAAACACCUAUUCAAUUUAAAAUUCGCUGCCAAGGAAUUAGAAAGGAAUUCAAAAAGAUGUGAAAAGGAAGAGAAACAGGAAAAAGCUAAAACAAAACAAGCAAUUCAAAAAGGCAACAUGGAAGUAGCUAGAAUACAUGCUGAAAAUGCAAUUCGGCAAAAAAACCAAUCACUCAACUAUCUCAGGAUGGCUGCUCGUGUAGAUGCAGUAGCCAGCAAAGUACAAUCUGCAGUAACAACUAGAAAAGUAACAAAUUCAAUGGCCGGUGUUGUCAAAGCUAUGGAUGCAGCAAUGAAAAGUAUGAAUUUAGAAAAGAUUUCAAAUGUGAUGGACAAAUUUGAGCAGCAAUUUGAAGACUUGGGUGUACAAACAGAUGUUAUUGAAAACACAAUGGCGCAGACAACAACCACUCUAAUUCCACAAAACGAUGUAGAUUCUUUAAUGCAACAAGUUGCAGAUGAAGCAGGCUUGGAAUUAAACAUGGAACUACCAGAUAGGCCUGAAGGUAGCAUGAUUGGAAGUGCAAGUCAGGUGUCUCAAGAACAAGAUGAACUCACUCAAAGGCUUGCAAAAUUAAGGCAGACCGAAUAAAAUGAUGAUAUAAAUUUGUGGUGUGAUAAAUAUAGUUUUAUUCCCAUAAAGUUUUAAGUGCUUUGUAUAUCUAUAUUAUGUUGAAUAAAUCUCCAAUUUUGUAUUGUAUUUGUAAUUAUUGUAGUGUUAAUAAAGCCAGUGUAU